AUCAGGCGCCGGGGGAAGCGCGGGCCGGGGUCUGGGGCCUCUCUCUUGCUGGUCAGUUCCGAGCGCGGCCAUGGCGCGGAAGUGGAACUUCCCCCUGCUUUUCGCGCCGCUCCUGCUCGGCCCAGCCCUCGUGCGCAGCUGCGGCCCUCUACCCUUGGUCCUCAAUACUUGGCCUUUUAAGAAUGCAACCGAAGCAGCAUGGAGGACAUUAGCAUCUGGCGGUUCAACUCUGGAUGCAGUUGAGAAUGGCUGUGCUGAGUGUGAGAAGGACCAGUGUGAUGGCACUGUGGGCUUUGGAGGAAGUCCUGAUGAACUUGGAGAAACCACACUGGAUGCCAUGAUCAUGGAUGGCACUACUAUGAACGUAGGAGCAGUAGGAGAUCUUAGACGAAUUAAAAAUGCUAUUGGUGUGGCACGGAAAGUCCUGGAACAUACAACACACACACUUUUAGUAGGAGAAUCAGCCACCAUGUUUGCUGAAAGUAUGGGAUUUGUAAAUGAAGAUUUAUCUACCAAUGAUUCUCGAGCGCUUCAUUCAGAUUGGCAUGCCAGGAAUUGCCAGCCAAAUUAUUGGAGGAAUGUUAUACCAGAUUCUUCAAAAUACUGUGGACCCUACAAGCCAUCUGGGAUCUUAAAGCAGGAUGCUUUUACCUGUAAGGAAACAGGAGUUGAUUGCGGUCAUGAUACUAUAGGCAUGGUUGUAAUCCAUAAGAUGGGACACACUGCUGCUGGUACAUCUACUAAUGGUAUAAAAUUCAAAAUACCUGGUCGUGUAGGAGAUUCCCCAAUACCUGGAGCAGGGGCCUAUGCUGAUGAUACUGCUGGAGCAGCUGCAGCCACUGGGGAUGGUGAUAUAUUGAUGCGCUUCCUACCAAGCUACCAAGCUGUAGAAUACAUGAGAAGAGGAGAAUACCCAACCACAGCUUGCCAAAAAGUGAUUUCAAGAAUUCAGAAACAUUUUCCAAAAUUCUUUGGGGCUGUUAUAUGUGCCAAUGUGACUGGAAGUUAUGGUGCUGCUUGCAAUAAACUUCCAACUUUUAAACAGUUUAGCUUCAUGGUUUAUAAUCCUCUAAAAAAUCAUCCAGUCGAGGAAAAAGUAGACUGCAUCUAAUCCAUCUUUUCCGUCGUCUAUAUUUAAAGAAGGAAGAAACAAAGGCUGAAAAGGUUACUAUCCUCGUAUAGUGUUCCUCAUAUAUUCUCUUUAUGUAAAAUAAGCACAGAUGGAAAUUAUUGCUGAAAUAGCACUUUCACUUUUUAGAUCUGAAAUUUUUUUCAUAUUCUGUUUUUAUUUAAGCUUUGUAUGUUUCCUGACAAUGAAUACCUAUUUGUAUAAAUUUUAUAUUUUUUCAAUCUUAAGUGAUAUUUGAAUUUCUGACCAAUAUUACAAGAAAUUGUUACUCUGAGGAUUUUUCUCCACCGUGGUAUAUUAAAGCUAAAAAGAAAUCAUCUAUAUUUGGAUACUGAAAAUAAUUAAAGUAUACAAGCUUUUUAGAUCUAAAGAAAAGGGUAACAGUAACUCUGAGUAUUGGUGCUGAUGGAAUUUCAGUGUGUUACAGUGAUAUGUUUUUUACCACUGAUUAUUAGUUUUGCCCAAUAUUCCUUUGCUUAAAGAAGAAUGUUAUUAAUACAGAUGCUUUUUGUUUUGCAUAUAUGAGAAAAUGUGAGAAUCUUCUUAUGUGGAAAUAUGUUGGGUUCUGUUGUUUUUACCCCCUCUUAUGGAACUCUCAAUGUGUGAAGAUUCUUAUGCCACAAUGCUCUCUGCUCUGUUAGCUAUAGAUAUUCACUCCAUUUGAAAAUGGUGUGGGGAGUUUGACUUUUACUGUAAUUGUACUGAUUUCUUGCUCAGAGUAAUGAGAAUUGCAAUUAGAAAUAAAUCAGUAAAUUUAAUGUCCAGCUCAGCAUUAUUUCCCUACCUUUUGAGUUUGCUGUCUGACUGACAGCUUUAGGGAGGUUGGACAGGUGCUUUGUUGGGAUCAACUUUUCCUUCAUAAUUAUUAUCUUUUAAAACAAGAGUCAUCAGUAAAACUACAUACAGUGUUGUCCAACAAUAGUAGUCUAUUGUGUUUACUACAACCAUUUUAAUGUUUAAUUUACAAGAAUAAUAAAGAAGAAUAUAAAUCAUAGGACUGGUGGCAGGUUAAGAUUAAAAAGCUCUAGUUUGUGGAAUGGUAUAGGUCACUUGUCAGAACUGGCUAUGGAUCUAAGUUGUCCAGGAGCCUCUUUAAAAAUACCCUCUGCUUUGUGUUCCUAAUGAGAUAUGGAUGAGGCCUUGGAAUCUGGAAUUAGCAAAUAUUGCUGACAGCUUAUAAGAAAACUGUCCUACAGCUUCAAACAAGGUAAAAUAAGAGGUCUUACUUUCAAGGGUUACCAUGAGCUUUGUCAAAAAUUUGAUACCACGCCUUGAACAUGGAAUAGAAGCUGGAUUUAAACUUGGAAUAUGUUUAUAUCAAGAUGAUACUCCUAUUUUUGGUAUCUGCUGUCCAUUAAUUAGUUAAGCAGUCAUUUACCACUAGAAAAAGGAGAAAUAAAGUACUCAUGGCCUAUUACUCCCCCAACAGAUUGGGAGAUCAGCUGACAAAAACCACCUUGUGGUUUUAAAAAAUUUUCUCUUGAACUCACUUUCUCCUUGAUACAUAUAAUGUCCCUCUGUAUCUGAAGUAUAUAUAUAUAGAGAGAGAGAGAGAGAGACAGACAGACAGACAGACUGAAUUAGCUUUGGAAACUUUAUUUAGGUUCUAGAUUUUAUUAUGAAAUUGAAAUACCGUAGAUGUAUUCCCUCUUCUUUUGAAAAAAAAUUUUUUUAGUCCCCAAUGUGUACACACUCUUUGACCAUGUAACAGUGUUCAUUGGGAUUGUGAGACGACAUGUAGGAAAGUAGCUAAAGAACACAGUUGAUAAAGGGAAUUGUAAGCCAAUCAUAAAUAAAUUGAGCUUAUAAAUGAUUCACAAAAACUUGGAAAAAGCAAGAAAAGAGUUUAGGAAGGGAACCUUAGAAAAUUCAGUCAUAAUCCAACUUUUCAUGGCAGACAGUAGUAGGCAGUUUGCUGCACACAUGUACUAGACCACAUGGCACAGGUUAAAGUUUGGUGACAAUUCAGAGCUUUGACCUCAUUCUGCCGAUAUCUUUUUCUUGGAGUAGAAAAUGUCUGUCACUUGAAUACUACUUAGGUGAAAUUAUAUUGUCCUUACCAAAAACUGUGCAUUAAGCAGUGAUUGUAUGACUAGUAAUAUUAUUGCUCAGAUUAUCAACUUUUCUAUUUCUUGCUCAGCAUACAGAGGUCUGGGUGUGUAUCUCUGUAUGUAUUCUAUAUGUAGAGAGAGAAAAUGGAAAAGUAUAGAUAUGGAAAGAGAGGUGUAAAAUAUGAGAUAGUACAUAGACUAGAGUACUAAUUAUCUACCUAAUUCUAUUCUUUUCAGUUUGUAACUUGCAUUUCAUUACUAGCAUAGGGAAGGAGCUUAGUUUACUGAAAAUUGAGUAUUAUUGUAGUUCAGUUUAAAGCAGCACUUAGGAAAAGGAAAUAAUGUUGCUAUCAGCAGUAUCAAAAUUUCUUCGUUAUUACCCCAGAGGUUGCUGAUGAGUUUCACUCAAGGGUUUUGUAUUUUUAGUGCAAUAAGCAAAAAGAAAAAUGUUAACCACAGAAGGUAAUAAAAAUUUUGAUAAUUUCA